AUGAGCAACUUUGGGGGUUAUGACGAAUACGCAGCAGAACAUCUGCAAUUUGAACCAGCCGACGAAAACGAUGAGACUCAAGUCCUUGACAUGGAUUUCGAUCUCAAAGAAAGUUCUUCUCUUCAGAUAGCUAGUUUCGCAUCACUUCGAGAUCAGGACCUACCUUGCAUCAUCAAUAAAAUGCCCGCCGAGAUAAUUACAUCGAUUCUGCGCGAGCUUACGCCUUGUAUGCGUGCCUGUCUCGGAGUUACGUGUAAAGACAUGUACCAGUACUUCAAAUACGUCAACCCGAAGCUAGUGGGCUUAUCUGAGAGAGCGGGCUCAGGAUCCCAAGAUAAACCUCUCCAUAAGCUUCUCAAGACUUGGAUCGGCCCCCAGUAUCGCCGCGGAGUUUUUAUACCCCAUCACUUUCUUCUUAAAUCCGUGUAUGAACAGUCCUAUGAACUGCCAGCUGGCAAGAAGGAAUUUUAUUUGGCGACCAGAUACAUCGAUUAUCUUGAAUCCAUGAAGCAAAAUAAAACAUUGAGCAUCUAUCCAUUUGUACUGCCAAAUCCAUGCAAUAAAGGGGGCAGCUAG